CAUCAGCUGUAAGACAUCGAAAAACAUGUAAGACAAACGAGGGGGCUGAGUGCCUUUCCCAGCCUGCUAGUGAGACUUCUAAUGAGGCGAAUAAAAGGAUCCCCAAACGAGGAGGACACCUGCAGUUCUCCCUCCAGAGAUGACCAUGUGCCAGUUUAUACUCUGGUUCUGGUGCUUGUGCUCUCUGUAUGUACACGCUUUUACAAAAUCACUGAGCCUCCACAUGUAUGUUGGGAUGAGACUCAUUUCGGGAAAAUGGGAAGCUAUUACAUUAACCGCACCUUCUUCUUUGAUGUCCAUCCACCCCUUGGAAAGAUGCUGAUCGGCCUCGCUGGAUACCUGACAGGCUAUGAUGGGACCUUUCCCUUCAUAAAACCAGGGGACAAAUAUGAGCACCACAACUACUGGGGGAUGAGAGCGGUAAAUCCCAGUUCAAUUUAUGCAUAUCUUUAA